CGCCCCGCGCUUACCGCGCCUGCGCCCUCCGCUCCCACCGUCUCGCUUCAGCCGAGGCCGCCGCCGCCUCUUCUCGCCGCAGCCAUGGAGUCCUCCGCCAUCACCCCGGUGCCUGUGUUCGCCCCGCUGAGCAACCCGCAGAGCCGUCUCCCGGCCGCAGCCAGUGCAGCCGCCUCCGCUGCCCCGCGCCUGUGCCACAGCCAUGUCACUGCUGGCGACCCUGGGGCUGGAGCUGGACAGGGCCCUGCUCCCAGCUAGCGGGCUGGGCUGGCUCGUCGACUAUGGGAAGCUCCCCCUGGCGCCCGCCCCCCUGGGCCCCUAUGAGGUCCUGGGGGGAGCCCUGGAGGGCGGGCUUCCAGGGGGAGGAGAGCCCUUGGCAGGGGACGGCUUCUCGGACUGGAUGACAGAGCGGGUAGACUUCACGGCCCUCCUCCCUCUGGAGCCCACCGUGCCCCCGGGCGCCCUGCCCCCGCCCUCGCCCUGCGCCCCUGACCUGGAAGCCAUGGCCUCGCUGCUCAAGAAGGAGCUGGAGCAGAUGGAGGACUUCUUCCUCGAGGCCCCGCUGCUCCCGGCCCCCUCCCCGCCGCCGCCCGCCCUGCCCCUGCCCGUCCCCACCCUUGACCUCCCCCAGCCCCCCGCCCUGGACACCCUGGACUUGCUGGCCAUCUACUGCCGCGGCGAGGCCGGGCAGGGGGAUUCGGGCCUGGUGCCCCCGCCCCCGCCGCCGCAGACCCCGCCCCCGCCCCCAGCCCCGCGCCCGGCCCCUUACCCCAGUCCUGCCACCGCCCGAGGGGACCGCAAACAGAAGAAGAGAGACCAGAACAAGUCGGCGGCUCUGAGGUACCGGCAGAGGAAGCGGGCAGAGGGCGAGGCCCUGGAGGGCGAGUGCCAGGGGCUGGAGGCGCGGAACCGGGAGCUGAGGGAGCGGGCCGAGUCGGUGGAGCGGGAGAUCCAGUACGUCAAGGACCUGCUCAUCGAGGUGUACAAGGCGCGGAGCCAGAGGGGCCGCAGCUAGGGGGGCCAGGUGUAUGGGGCGGGAGCUGGG